CUCACUGCUACAGUCUGAGACAGAAGAACCAGGUUUAGCUCAACAGAUUUCUUUUCCCACCCAUCUCUUACAGGUUUAGCGGUCUUGCUACUUCUUCAGGGAGGAUAUGCCUACAAACUAGUUUGCUACUUCACCAACUGGUCGCAGAACCGGCAGGAACCAGGAAAGUUCACCCCUGAGAACAUUGACCCCUUCCUAUGUUCUCACCUCAUCUACUCAUUCGCCAGCAUCAGUAAAAACAAGGUCAUCAUGAAGGACAAGAAUGAUGCGAUGCUUUACCAGACCAUCAACAGUCUCAAAAUGAAGAAUCCCAAACUGAAAAUUCUCUUGUCCAUUGGAGGGUACCUGUUUGGUUCCAAAGGGUUCCAUCCCAUGGUUGAUUCUUCUACAUCACGCUUGAAGUUUAUCAACUCUGUAAUCCUGUUUCUGAGGAACCAUAACUUUGAUGGGCUGGAUAUAAGCUGGAUCUACCCAGAUCUGAAAGAUAACACUCAUUUCACUGUACUGAUUCAAGAGUUAGCAGAAUCCUUUCAAAAGGAUUUUGUAAAAUCCACCAAAGAAAGGCUUCUCUUGACUGCAGGAGUGUCUGCAGGGAGGCAGAUGAUUGAUAACAGCUAUCAGAUCAAGAAAUUGGCAAAAGAACUGGAUUUCAUCAACCUCCUGUCCUUUGACUUCCAUGGGUCUUGGGAAAAGCCUCUUGUCACUGGCCACAACAGCCCUCUGAGAAAGGGGCAGCUAGACAGAAGGACAAGCUCCUACUACAAUGUGGAAUACGCCGUGGAAUACUGGAUAAAUAAGGGAAUGCCUGCGGAGAAGGUGAUCAUGGGCAUCCCCAUGUAUGGACGCUCCUUCACACUGGCCUCUGCAGAAACUGCGUUGGGGGCCCCCGCCUCUGGGCCUGGAGCUGCUGGCCCCAUCACCAAGUCUUCAGGCUUCCUGGCCUAUUACGAGAUCUGCCAGUUCCUGCAAGGAGCCAAGAUCACAAGGCUCCAGGAUCAGCAGGUUCCCUAUGCAGUCAAGGGGAACCAGUGGGUGGGCUAUGAUGACAUGAAGAGUGUGGAGAACAAGGUUCAGUUCCUAAAGAAUUUAAACCUAGGAGGGGCCAUGAUCUGGUCUAUUGACUUGGAUGACUUUACUGGCAAAUCCUGCAGCAAGGGCUCCUACCCCCUUGUCCAAACUGUCAAGAGAAACCUUGGCUCCCUAUGAAGGUAACAGAGUCCAGGACGGGCUGGGGGUGGGAGGAGAGCUGGGCAGAGUGGGACACAGGGACUGGGGGGAGAUCAUCUUCACAUAUUUGGACUGAUCCUUUCUUAUACUCCUGUGGACCUUCUGUCUUGUUUUAUUUAGGCCGGUUCUGUCCUUUUGGUGGGCUUCCCACAGACUUUUAAAAUAACAACAACAAUAAUUUUGACUACCAUUUAUUGAGCACAGUCUGAGCUAA